AUGAAGAGGCAGCAGCUUCAACUUGACGGUCUAUUUCUCGAUGAAUCUAUUGAUGAACGUGGUGUAGCGAAGCAAUCCUUCGAGGGUGGCUCAUCUUCAAAGAAAUCUGAUUCAGCAGAUAUUGAUUGGAUGAAAUCUAAGCUGGAGAUGCUCAGUUCGAAUCAAUCAUCAUUGGCCGAGGACUUCAUUUCGUUGAGGUGUUUUGUUGAUUUUAAUUUCAAAUCUGUAAUGACUGUAAUUAAGGAUAUCCAAGAGAAGGUUAAUGCCAUUCAUCGUCGUCCUUCUGACGAGGGAAAGUCAUCGGAUGAAUUGGUAACUCAAGAUUCUGAUGAUGAUCCUGAUGAUGAUGAUGAUGAUGAUGAUGCCGAGGAUGAUGACAAGCAAUUGCCUGAUCCAGAAAAUAUUGAUUCCGACUCCGACGAUGGUGGUGAGUUGGUUAAAGUUGGUGGGGUUGCUGAUGAUGCUGACAAGGCUGUUACUGCUGUCCCUUCUGCUGAGGUGAAUCCUUCUGAGGAUGUUGGAGGGAGUGAUAAAAAUGUUAAGGAUGUUGAGAAGCCGAAGGGCGAUGAGUCUCGAUUGAAGGGGGACGAUUUCUUUGAUGGAUUGAGCCAGCUUGUAAUAGAUGAUGAUCAAGUUGUGUUGGCUGGCUUGGAGGCUGUUGCUAAAAUAAAUGUUCCCGCACCCAAUCCAGAUGUUGUUGGUGAGAAGUCAGAUGCCCUUCAUACUGAUGAAGAAACUGAGGAUACUGUCUCUGAUACACCUUUGUUGGAUAAGAGGAAGCGUGCUCCGGCCUUGAAAUCUCCAUUUGUUGAUUUCGGGUCUGCUGAUGUCGGGAGCACUCCAAUGGAGCUUAUGUCCUCAGGUUCUCAGUCUGCUGGGGAUGAUAGGGAUUUCAAAAUGGUGACUUAUGUGAAGGGCCUUUAUGCUCUUAAUGAUGCUUUUGCUGAUCCCGUAUCUACCGAGAUUGAGGCAAAAUUUGACUCUUGGAUUGGUGAAGGAUUGCUUAAACAUCCCAGGCAUUAUAAUUGUUAUGAAGACGGCGCAAAGAAAUUUACCCCGGGUUUUAGGCUAGGUGUUGAUUAUGUUGAGGAUAAAACUUGGUUUUACCAUUUGGCCACAUGCGACAUGUUUAUGAACGACUCGCAUAUGAACACCAUAUUCUAUUACCUUCGGAAAAAAGGUAAGUAUUCUUCCGCUGUGACGUUGAAUUUCGCAACCACUGAUUGUCUUUUUGAUGAUUCGAUCCAAGCAUUGUACCACAAAUUUAACAAGGCCAAGUCAAUGAAGACUAAGAUGUCACACAUUCACGCUGCCCACCCAAUUGCGCAUUACAUCCGAGGUAUGCGCAUUCCCUGUUCCAAGCCUUGGUAUGAAGCCGAUCACGUGCUUUUCAUCAUCAAUUUAAGAAGGGAAAGUCAUUGGGUUUUUGGGCGUCUUGACGUGCACGAAAGGACGUUAUUUCUGUACAAUUCUUUGAGAACCGCGAAGAUGAAUGCCGCAGCUAGGAAUGCGAUGAAGGCUUAUUCCGUGUUGCUGCCUUUGUUUUUCGAUUUACUUGGGUUCUGGAAGAAUAGAGCACAAGUUCCUGCCUCAGUUUCUGACCCUACAGCUCCAUUCAGAAUCGUGGAGCUUAGUGGUAUUGCGUCUCAGCAGAAGAAUGAUUGUGGAGCAUAUGUUGCUGCCUUUGCUGAAUUCUUUAUACACGGAAAGGAUGUCCCUGCAGACUUUGACAUCGAAGUUUAUCGAACCCGACUUGCUUCACUUUUCUACUCGUACGGACAAAGGAAAAUUGACGAAAGUAUUGACAGCGAGGAUGAGAAGCAAUCCAAGUCUUCUAAGGCAUCUAAAUUGAAGAAAUAGGAUCUUUUAAUUUGGUUGCUCUAUUAUGUUAUUUGUUGAAUCUAUUUACUUGACAAGUUUUAGUGUUGUUGUGUGUUUAAAACUAUGUAGCUGGUUUAAAACUUUUAGGAUAUUUGACAUUCACUACUUAUAAUAUCUUUAUUGUAUAGGUUUGUAUUUCCCAAAGUUUUGUGUUUUUUUAAUUGUUCAAGUUCUUAUAUACGGUCGCACAACUAUGGAGAAACUGUUAACCAACUAAAUACAAACUAUGUUUUCAUUUUUCCUAAAUAGUGCUAUGAAUGUAUAUUUAUUCUUCGUAUUCCAUUAACUGUUUUCCCUUAUUCAAGUUAUGUUUUAUCAAUUAUUGACUGACUGCCUUUAAAACUGUAAAGAAUAAGUCAUUCCGGUACUUAAUAUUUUACAAAGGGUCGCAACUGUAACAAAACGAUUUUGAAACUAUUAAAAAACUGUUUCAAAUUUCAUAAAAAUGAAAUCCCAUGUAUUUAGAGCAUCACAGAUCAACCUGUUUGAAUUUGCACACAAAAUUUAACAAUUCAAAUAUUUCAUAUGUAUCUAUUUUAUUGCUUGAUUGUUGCAUGUCUUUCGAUUGUGUCCGUGUUGUCCACAUUUGCCGCACCUGUUAUGUUUUUUUGUAUCCCAUUCAGAUAAAAACCUUCGUUUCCUUGGUCUUCCAGAUCUUAUUUUUUGGUUUGGUGGCAGAACAAUGAUAUCUUUUAUGUUUUGUGGCACAUCCCAAGUUGUGUGAUUGUGUACCGGAUAUGUUGAGCCGCUGUAUGUUUCAAGCCAUGUUCGCGUGGUGUAAUAACCCGAACAGUAGUUGUAAACAUUCAAGUUCAUCUCUUUUAUAACAGCAAGCGCAUGAGCACACGGUAACUCAUCAAGUUGGAAUCUGUUGCAACUGCAUGUUUUCUCCUUGAGGUUGAUGACCCAUGAUCUGGUUAGUUCAAUGACUUCGAACAUGGUCUCGUUUAUUGGUUUUACCUGCGGAUUAAGUGUAAAACUGUUAAUAUGUAUAACAACGAAAAAGAAACUAUAACGAAACUAAAAUGCAACUAAAAUAUUUAACAUGUCAUUACAUUUUCUGUCAAUGAUUCCACAAAGUUGUCGACUAAUUUCUUUUCUGCUGUAGGUGUUAAAAAUGUUGUUGUUUUCUGUGCUUUUUUCCUGUUUGUGUAUGUCCAUUG